AUGAUGCUUCUUUGUAAGCAUCUGAUACGAAAGGCUCAUAUGAGAGGGCAUCAGAUUCGGAGGCUGAAUGACGUUGGACUGCGAGGAUUUCAUGUCAAAGAGAUGAAUGAGUACGAGUUCUUGAUCACAGGUCGUCAACAGAAAUCUGCAGUACUUGGAAAGGCAGUGGCUAGAGUGACGUCGAUGGUUCGUCGCCCUGAGGCUCGUGACCAGUACCUGAGGCUAGUUACAAAACUGGAGACUCUCCAGGUAAUAGACCGAACUACUGUUGCCAUCCCCUCUAUUGCCGCCAUUUGA